AUGGUCACAAAUCCGAAGAGAGUGCCCACCCUCGUGGAGGGUACCACAUUGAGGAUCAACAGCUUGCCAGAGCAGGUGGGCGGCUGUCUAUAUCGCCUCGGGCAAUCUCACCUCGCCGAGAUCAAUGAAGAUGAGAUCAGCGGGCAUGUUGCUGCAGACUUGACCACCCUUAAGCGAUUCAUCAAGGAAGCGGUAGACUCACGCAUGACCGAGGUCUCCUCGGCCAUUAAGGAAGAUCAUGCCACUUGGCAAUCCGGAAUGAACAUUCGAAUCCGCCAUCUGGAAGACAGCCUGGGAGAAGCCGCCGCGGUCUCGGAACUCCAAGAACAAGUUGCCGAACUCUCCCUGAUCACGGCGAUUAUUCGUGAUCAGAUUGCGUUGACUCCCACCCUUCUCCAGUUUGAUCCUUGA